UAUAGUUGUAAUGGUUACAUCUAGAUAAUUUAGCAUUACACCGAUAAAAAAAAAAUUAAAGUUUGUUUAGAGUUAAAGAAAAGUGCUUUUUCGUAUUCAGCACACUUGAUAACCUGGAAAAUAUUCUAUUUUUAGCAGGGGUACCGUCAAAAAGUUAAGAAAAAUUUUCAAACAAAUUGACGCAGAAAAAUCCCCGUGGUAAAAUUAAGCAAUUUUAAAAAUUUUUCUUAACUUUUUGGCGGUACCCCUCGCUAAGAAUAGAAAAUAUUCCAGGUUAUCAAGUGUGCUGAAUACGAAAAAGCACUUUGCUUUAACUCUAAAUGAACUUUAAUUUUUUGUCGGUGAUAUGUAUUCAUAUUCAAAUAUGAAUAAUUAUAUUUAUCUAGAUAUUUAUAUUCAUAUUCAGUCCUCGCUUUUCAAAGUUGUGAACGGACGUAUUUUGUAAUAUCGUCUGUUUGUUUCUUUCUUCUAAUAUAACUGUACAUUAGUACGUACAUGUGGUUUUUAAUCAAAUUGAAAACUUACUGGCAUUUUUAACAAUUUAUUAAAGUAAAUAUAUAUUUUUUUUGUAUAAUUAAUGGUGGCAUAUGAUGGUUAUAAGAAAUCUAAUAAAAUAAGACAUGAAAAGGAAGAUAUUGUGAAUGGAAAUCGUAUGAGACGAAUAUUGGAUAGCUAUGAACAAAAAAGGAAAAUGAAAAGACAUCUUUCUAAUAAUGAAGAAAGUGUGGAGAAUGAUGGUGAAUGGAUACAAGUGAAUGGUAAAAGAAAAGUUCAAAAACGCGAGGUAAAUCAACGGAAUCAAUUAUCUGAUUUUGAUGAAGAAGAUUACGAUGAAAGAUUGGUUAACAAGAUAUUGAUGGACAAAAAAGAAUCAUACAACAAGAGUAAUUAGUAACUCAAAUAUAACGAUAGCGUCAUCGAUUCAGUCUUCUAAAUCUAUUAAUAAACAACAUAUUAACAAUGUAAGAUAUAGGAGUGAUGAUGAUGGGCAAAAUAGUAGUGAAAUAUCAUAUCAAGCAUUGAAGUAUGCAUCGGAUAAUUCAUUAGCUCUAGUGAAAAUUGUAUGUGAACCAAAACUACAAAAGCAAAAUCAAGGUAUGGCUGUUAUUCAACAACUCUUUAGGUAUAUAGAGGUUGAUUUUCGUCGAAAUUAUCCACACUUAGGAACUAAAGCCCUGGGAUUUGAACAUUGGUGGAUUAAGCGCAACGGGGAUUUGAUGGGAGUAACUAAGUGUAUUGAUGUGUAUGUUUAUUUAUGUGAUUCAAAACAUUGUCCGUUGUCAAUAAAUAAUAUUCAAUUAAAGCCUAUAUUACCAAAACAUUUACCUGUGCAACUUUCAAUGAUGAUAAAAUUUGUUGAUAACUGUAUUUCAGUUGACGAAGUUAAGACUGAAUUAGAAGGACAAUUCACAAAAAUGUUUGCUAUUGUUGACAUUUCUGGAAGUAAAAAUAUGAGAAAUAGACAUGUACGAAUGGACCUAGCGUCAAAAACACUCACGAUUCCAACAUAUAAACAACAUCAAGAGUUUAGUUUGAAAAUGAAAUUGAUAAACGAUGAAUUAGAGGAAAUAAAACGUGAACAUGCGAAAGACAAAAUAUCAUUUAAACGGAGAUACGACAAUCAAUUAAAGAAAACAAAUCAGGAAAUUGAUAUAUUAAAAACACAAAUCAAAAUACAAAAUGAAACGAUUAAAGACAUGUACACCGCAGUUAUUGAAAUUGUAUCAGCUAUACAUCAGACAAUAAUAGCACUGGGUGGAGUAAUCGAAAUUGACAAUAGUGAUAAUGACAACGAAAGUAUUCAACUAAAUUAUAAUAAAAUACUUCAUGAACUAUCAAAAACAUCAGAAAUGGUACUCGACCGUACCGAUCUACUUCAAAAACUUCAUGAAAAGUUAAUGGGUGUUAUGGAAAAACAAAAUGAACUUCUGGUAACAAGUUUAGUUGAAAUAUCAGAUACUGAAAAUGUCUAG